AUGGGUAUUUUUCAUCGAGAAAGCCAUGAAUCACCCACGAAACAUGCACACGCGCCCGACGUGAAACUCACCAAGGAAGAUCGUGAGCAUUUCAAGUUCCGGGCCACGUCUGUGCACGACCCGGUCCUGGAAGCCGUGCAGGAGGCUCAGCCGUUCGAACAAGCCGCCGAUACGUCGCAGGAUGACCCCAACCGCCGGUCGUACUACUCUGGCGAACACGGCGAAAACCAAGCACGAGACGUUUUUGGACAGCCAAUUCACCAGCCAGAUAUCUCUAAUCCAACACGUUCUAGAGAUGAAAGACCUCUGGAUACAAUUCGUGGAUUCGAAUACUCGAUCUCGGGAGACCCAACGUGGGGCCAGCGACUCGAAACGGCCCAGUACGGUUUCCGUGUGAGACCUGACUUUCCACAGUUUGGCAAUGCCGACCCACUCGCCAUGAAUCCAUCUCACCAGCCCUACUUGAUGGGCCAACAGGCUGUGUACACGGCGCCGGCGCCAAACGCAAUGUCUGAUGAUGACAAGAAGAAGAAGAAGCGGGGGCUCUUUGGACGCAAAAAGAAAUGA